GUGCAUAUCUUCCUACUCAUCUCUGCCGUAGCGUUGUGCAUUUCUCUACUCAUCUCUGCUGUUAGCCGGUGUUAGCAACCUCCUAGUUGUUCGUAGCUGUUCGUUAGACGCGUCCAUCAUGGCAUCCACUGGCGGCUCAGGUGUUUCUGCUUUGGUUUACAAUUAUUUACUAAAAACAGAUACAACGUUUGCCAAAGUUUUUCAGAAGAAGACAAAGGCGCCUCUUCUGUCCAAAGGAUCUGCCACCCUGGAAGAAGUGUUUCAGCACUUUCAAAAAUGUUCUACAAAGAAAGUGAAUGUAAAAGCAGAAAGUAAAGAUAGCACUUCAGACUCAAGUUCAGAAAGUGAUGAGGAACCUCCAAAAAAAGUUAAAUUGGUUAAUAAUAAAUCUGCUGCUAUUGCUGCAGUAGUGAAAAAGGAAAGACAAGAGGAUUCUUCUGAGGAUGAGUCUAGCAGCGAAGAGGAUAAACCUCCUACCUCUGCAACAGCUAAAACUCAGCUUGCAGCAAAGGUGGCUCCUUCAAAAAAGACAUCUACCUCUGAAGACAGCUCUUCGGAGGAAGAUGCUCUUAAAGUACCAGCAAAAUCAGUAUCGAUAUCAACAAAGAAUAUUGCCAAACCAGCAUCCUCUAGUGAAGAAUCUGAUUCUGAUAGUGAGCAGGAGGAACAAUCCAAUACGAAUGUCAAAGCAGUAAUAAAGGGAACAACUGCAAUCAGUACACCAAGCUCUAGUACUAAAAAAGAAGAGUCAUCUAGUGAGGAUAGCGAUGACAGUAAUGAAGUAUUGCCAGUAAAAGUUGCUAAAAAACCUGCGACAAAAGCACCACCUGCGAAGCCUCCUAUAACAAAAAAUAAACAAUCGUCUAGUGAAAGUUCAGAUUCUUCUGAGGAAGAGGCUAAGGCUCCAAAUUCUGUUAAAAGCGAAACUAAGUCUAAUGCAAAACAGGUAGCGAUGGCAGACACAAGUAGUGAUUCAGAAGAUUCAUCAAAAGACGAGGCACCCAAAUCAACAAAAGCUCCAAGCAAACUAACCACAACAAAGCAUUCCUCCAAAAAGGAUUCAUCAUCCAGUCAAGAUAGCAGCGAUGAUGAAUCGCCUGCAAAAAGGUUGAAUGUUUCAACGACUGCAAAGACUGCUAUACCUUCUAUUAAGAAAGAAGAAUCUUCUUCAAGCGAAGAAAGUAGUGACGAGGAACCACCGGCAAAGAAAGUCGCUCUUGUUAAGUCGGUUCCGAAAAAACAAGAGUCGUCAAGUGAAGAUUCCGAGGAUUCUGAUGAAGAGAAAAAAACAGAAAAAAUGUGUACAGCGAAGCCAAUCAAUCAAAAGAAGAUGAAGGAAAGUUCGAGUGAAGAGUCUGACGAGAGUGAAGACGAGAAACCAGCAACAAAGGCGCAAGUAGCAGCAAAAGAUAUGACUAAGUCAGUGCCUAAAAAAGUAUCUUCAUCUAGCGAGGAAUCGGAUUCUGAUGAAUCUGACAAUGAAAAAGUAGCAUCUAAUAUUACUGCCAAAAACAAUACUGUUAAUAUCGCCAAAUCUACAAAAUCUGUCAAACCUGCGCCCGUUAAACAAGGAUUUAGCUCGGAGGGGAGCAAUUCGAGCGAGAAAAAAACUCCUUCGAAAGAUGGAAUUCAAGGAAAACCAGAAAAGAGAAAGCGUGAAAGUGACGAAGAGAAUGAGGAAGUGGAAGGAUCCGGAAAGCCAGUAACAAAGAUUCCAAAGAGCAACUACAGUAAUUUCGUGAAGGCCAGCAAUAAUAUUAAUGGAGAUAAGCAGCAGAAGAACGUGCCUUUUCGUCGCGUACGAGAUGAUGAAAUCACAGUGGAUCCAAAAUUGGCAAACAAUUCGUUCGAGGCAAAGAGAGGCGCACGUGGAUCAUGGGGAGAAAAGGCCAAUUUGGAUUUGAAGCACACCAAGGGCAAGUCCUUCCGACAUGAGAAGACGAAGAAGAAGCGUGGUAGCUAUCGGGGCGGUCAGAUAGACACAAGUGUCAAUUCUAUUAAAUUUGAGGAUAUGUGAGCGCGGAAAACCUGAGGAAGCCUUCUCUAGUAAAACCAUGGCAGCCUGUCCGGUUGGAUGAUGCGGAAACACGAAGGAAGCUACUUGACAUUAAGCAAUAUGGUGGGCUACGUAAUUUCACUUGGGAAUUUACGAAUAGCACUCAUUCGACUCACGAGAUUAGCCUCUAGGUGAACUUGCGUUGCCCAAAAUACAAAGCUUAGCGUUACCGGUCCUCGAAUCCACGUGGUUUCUAACAAAUAUUAUUAUUGUAUCAUUCAUUUAGGUAAUAAUGAAAACGUUUUACGCUGAGCAAAAGAAAAGCAUCAACACACUUGAACUCAACUGCAUCACACCAUGCCCCUGUUUUUUUCACGAUAUCUAAUCUAACCUAACUUAACUUAACCUUCCACCCUGCAUUUUCUGUUCGCAGCAGAUUCACAAUUUAUGUAAUCUCCCUUUCCCCAGUACGAAAUUAGUCCUCUGUCAAAACGAGCGGGUGAAGUAUGUCAAUGGACUUAAAUUAACUACUAUGAUUUUAAUAUUAGACGUUUACUUGAUACAAGAUGCUAUGUUGUUAUUUGUCACAUAUAUAUUUAUUAAUGUUGCUCUUAGUAAAGCUUGACGAAUCCACGGUACGGUUUCGUUCCUGAAGGAAAUAUGCAUAACAUUUACGCAGACACGAACAUUAUUAAAACCUUUUUUUAAUUAUAUUCAGAAAUGUCAAUUCAUCGUAAAGUUUCCAUGUUGUGACUACAUAGCGCAAAUAAUGAAUUUAUCAAAAAAUGUACGCUGCAUUUUAAUGGUUUGAGCAACGAGGUUACAUAGUGCCGGCUAAGGUAUGACGUAAUGUAUGUUCGUACUGCUCAAAAGGUUAAAAAAUGUCCAGAGACAAUUGGAGAAAAACGUUAGGUGAUAUUUAUUUUUUAAAGUACAAAUCAAAGAGGAUUUGCUUAACGGACUCGUCUAUAGUAUAACGAUAGUGUGAAAUUAAAAGCUUUUAUAUUCGUAACUACUUAGUUCGCAAAAACCGUAUCUCAAUCGGAAGACGUAAGUUUAUUCGAUGUCACUAAGUUACAGUAGUGCAAGAUAAAUAACAUUCUUUGUCCAAUUUUCUCCAUUAUACUCUUCGUGAAUGAAUUGGCACCAAAUAAACUGUUUAUGUAGCAUAACAAUGAUUCUGCCAAAAUA